ACGAAUCAUCUUUUAAAUACUUUUCUGCAAAAGUGUCAGAAUUUUUCUACAUUGUUAGAAAUAACUAGCAAAGGGUUCUUAAAUUGUUCAAAGUUCGAUCGACAAUGUACAGGCCGAUAAUUAGUUUAAAGGAAGGCAAAGUACGAGGUACUAGUGUCGCAGGUGUUCUUGGUUCUACUUACGUCGCUUUCCACGAGAUACCUUUCGCGGCUCCUCCCAUUGGACAACUGAGAUUCAAGGAUCCAAGGCCACCUGCGUCAUGGACAGGUAUCAAAAAUUGCACUGUCUGCACGAAAAAGAUGUGUACGCAGGCACUACCGGAUCCCCCUUACAACUCUAUCGGAACCGAGGAUUGUCUUUAUCUAAACGUGUACACCAAUUCCAUUAAACAAUCGAAACCGGUAAUCUUCUGGAUCCACGGUGGUAAAUUUACGGUAUGGGGUUCGUGUUUCGCCCAGAUAAGACCAGAUUACUUGCUCGCGAAAGAUGUCGUCGUUGUUGCGGCUAAUUACCGACUGGGUGCAUUCGGUUUCCUAAAUCUUGGACACCCAGCUGCGCCCGGAAACCAGGGCCUGAAAGACCUAAUUGCAGCACUGCAGUGGGUCAAGGAGAAUAUUGCCAAAUUUGGAGGAGAUCCUAACAACGUUACGCUCAUUGGCGAAAGCGCAGGAGCAGUAUUAGCCCACGCCUUGACUAUAUCACCAAAAACACAAGGGCUGUUUCACAAAACGAUUUUACAAAGUGGAAUGUUGACGAGUAGCUGGGGAUUCGGCCAAAGUCGUCCACAACGGUAUUUUAAGCUUGCAUCGGUUCUUGGAAUAAAAUCAACAGAUCCCGUGGAGGUUGUCGAAAUGCUGCGUAACAUAUCCGACAAAGAUAUCGUCGGAGCUUAUUCGUCGAUUCUCACAAGAGAGGAGGCUGACCUGUUCGACAUACCAUUUGGAGUGAAUUACGAUGACAUAGCGGACGACCCUGUUUUACCAUUUCCGAUCGAACAACUACACUCGAACGAUAUUAACAUUCCUAUUAUGACCGGAUACACGUCGAACGAAUGCAUCAUGUUCGUCGAUGACACGGAAGAGGAGACUAUAGAAUAUUGCAAUAUUAAUUUACCCGACCUGGUGAAGAUCAUAGGACAAUUGAGGAAGUUGGGGCCAGCAGAAUUCCAAGAAUUAUUAACGGCUGUGAAAAAUCAGCAUUUUAAUGGGCAACCAAUCACAUCAGACAAAAUAGAAAUAUUUAUACGUUUUAUCACAUAUGUUCUUUUUGUCGCCCCCUUGAAAUUGUACAUUAAGGAUCGAUUGGAAAGAACGUCCACGCCUAGUUACAUUUACAGGUUUUCAUACGUCGGCACCGAAAGUACAAUCAUUGAUGUUCAGUUAAAACGUAUUAUAAAUGAGGCGUGCCAUAUGGAUGAUUUGUCGUACCUGUUUUAUUUACCCAUUUGUAAAAAUGACAAUCCUGAUCCACCUGCAAUUGGCACUAAAGACAGAAAUAUAUUGGAACGUUUGACCACAAUGUGGACCAACUUUGCUAGAACAGGAAAUCCUACCCCAAGUUACAAUGACUUUGUUAAAGUACAUUGGAAACCUGCGACGAAGGAUAACUUGUAUUGUUUGGAGAUUGACGAAGAGUCUGAGUUAACGGAACUGGAAGUGUUUAACUUCGAAUAAAUGAUAGAUGAUAACUAACUAACUAACUAGAUGAAUAACUAACUAACUAACUAGAUGAAUAACUAACUAUGUACUUAUUUUUUAAUAUGAUAUACAACGAUCCUAUGAAAGGUACAUUACAUUAAUAAGUCCAUAAAAUUAAUAGUAAGAAUAUUAUUUCAUUAUUUAAUCAUCAAAGAAUCAUGUUCGACGAAGAGAAAUUGUUAAAAAAUGUAAAUAUUGAACGCAAUAUCGGGAAAUUGUCAUUAUACAUCGUACCAUCUGAAUCUGUACAAAUUUUAAUAAAACUAAAGUUUACCAAUUA